AUGUCGUCAGGAGAUAAGCAGUUUCCACCCCAAAAACAAGAGAGACAGCCAGGGAAAGAACAUGUCAUGGAUCCCAUCCCACAAUUCAUCAACCCCAAUUACAAACCCGCUGACAAACUCAGAGGUAAGGUGGGUUUAGUGACUGGAGGAGAUUCGGGAAUCGGAAGGGCGGUAUGCUAUUGCUUUGCAAAAGAAGGUGCAACUGUGGCUUUCACUUAUGUAAAAGGUCGUGAAGACAAAGAUGCAGCCGACACUUUGAAAAUCAUCAACGAGGCCAAAACCAAAGAUUCAAAAGACCCGAUUGCGGUACCCACCGAUUUAGGAUUUGAUAACAACUGCAAAGCGGUUGUGGAUGAAGUGGUUGGGAAAUAUGGGUGCAUCGAUGUGUUGGUGAACAAUGCAGCUGAGCAAUACGAGUCCCGUUCGGUUGAAGAAAUCGAUGAAACUUGGCUUGAUAGGGUCUUUAGAACCAAUAUUUACUCCCACUUCUUCUUAACAAGGCAUGCAUUGAAGCACAUGAAAGAAGGAAGCAGCAUCAUUUGUACAACAUCGGUUAAUGCCUACAAAGGAAACGCCACAUUGUUGGACUACACUUCUACAAAGGGAGCCAUUGUGUCCUUCAUUAGAGCUCUUGCAUUACAAAUGGCCCCCAGAAAAAUCCGAGUGAAUGGAGUUGCACCUGGCCCUGUCUGGACCCCGUUGAUACCGUCUUCUUUUACCGAAGACAAGUCUUCCAAGUUCGGGUCCGAGUGCCCGAUGAAGAGAGCCGGGCAGCCGUAUGAGAUUGCACCGUCUUUUGUGUUUUUGGCUUGUGAUGACGACUCGUCUUACUUUACGGGCCAAGUCCUCCACCCCAAUGGUGGCAUGGUUGUGAAUGCUUGAAGGAAGCUGUUUGCAAGUGGGGGAUUAUGAGCUUUAAAUUAGGGAGUAUGGUUUGAAGUUGUUUUUUGUAUGCAAAGGGAUGAGAUGUUGAUAUAUAUAGCUAUAAAUAAAUACGGAGUAUAUAUUAUGUAUAUGCAUGUAUAACAUACAUAUCUAUGUAUGAAUAAAAAUGUGAUGUUUGGCAA